AUGACUACGAUACAGCCAUUUGAGGCAACAGAUCUUCUCAAUUUGAAUAAUGUGAACCUCGAUGUUCUGACUGAGAAUUUUCCAUUGGAGUUUUACUUUGAGUAUUUGAUAUUAUGGCCUGAACUAUUCUUCAAGAGCAGAGAGCUUACCAAGAUACAACCUAAUGGUGACCUCGAAAUUUCAGGCUAUAUGAUGGGCAAAACUGAAGGAAAGGGGCCGGAGUGGCACUCACAUAUCACUGCGGUUACGGUGGCCCCCGAAUUUCGGCGUAUAUCACUUGCGUCAAGUCUAUGCAAUGCUCUGGAAACUAUUACGGACAAUCAACCCCACAGUGUGAAUUUCAUAGACUUAUUUGUCAAGUGCGAUAACAAUUUAGCGAUAAAGCUGUACGAAAAAUUAGGCUAUUCUGUUUUCAGACGAGUAGUUGGUUAUUAUAACUCUGCAGAAGACAACUAUCCUAAUACGCUAACUAAAAUACAGGACGAUAAGGAUGCCUUCGACAUGCGAAAAGGCAUGAAAAGAGAUGCUGGACGGAGUACGCGAAGCGACGGCCGAAAACAGAGAUGUUUUCCGCAUGAUGUAAAAUUCUAA